GCUGUGGAAGAACAUCUCCCUGAAGAGGAGAGGACCGUGGGUGCUGGCCUUUGAGAUCUUCAUCCCACUGGUUCUCUUCUUCAUCCUCCUGGGCCUCAGGCAGAAAAAGCCUGCCAUUCCUGUCAAGGAAGUGUGUAAGUGUCCUAACCACAUUAUUAUAUUAUUCUGAUUGUGAGUGACGUAGCAUAUUAAUGAUCUUUCCAGGGUUGUGUUACCUCUGUGUUGUUCCUGUGUGUUUACUGUAACUGUUCCAUGUUGAUGAAACACUAUGUCCACAAACCUUGACAUUCAGUCAGAAAAGACACGAAAGCAACAAUGACACCAGUCAUCCUUAAAAAGACAAGAACAAUGAUAUAAAAUAAUGAACGAGUGCCGUAUUCCUUUACAGGUCUGGUUCAAUACAACCACAGGAAAAAAAAAAGUAGGAAGGAACUUAGGCAAACAGACCAACUGGUUCAUGUUGUGCAGCACUGGGGAAGAUAUUUUGAAUAUGUGAAUAUUCACCAGUCACAAAACAACAAUCUGCAUAGUGUACAAAUCUUUCAUUUGCAUUUGCAAACUCCUUGGCCAAGAAGGUCCUUAAAAUUAUUCUGUACGUUCUGCACAAUAAAUGUUUUGUUUUCAGAAUUCCCAUUAUUGCUGUUCCUCCACAUGAGCACAAAAGAAAGUGGAAAAAUAUAUAAGAUUUUACAUGUAGAAACUCUAAUUUCAUGCAUGUGUGAGAUAGAGUUUUAAAAUACUUCUUACCUCUGUGCCAGAGCAGCAUCAUAAUAUAGAUAAAGGACGAUUAUAUUUUUAAACAUAAAGAAUCUCUGACUGACUGAAAUGUUCAGGUUUGACCUGUUCUGUUAGUACAUGGUUGAACUCACUCUUCUUUAACCCACAGCAGAUUAAAGUGCGUGUGCUUACGCGUCUUUAUUUUUCUUCUUCCCUGGAAAAUAAUUUGCAUUUGAAUCUCCCAGUACAGAUUGUGUAUGACUAAACGACAGCUUCUGACCUGCAUUUAACUCCUUGACUGAAUCAACCUUUUUUCAGCUGAAUGGUCAGAGAGGACUCAUGUAGGUGAAGUUAGAGUUUGACUGAUUUUGAGAUUUGAAAAUGCUGUGGAACAAGAGAUUGGGUCUUUUUCUGAUUUGAAAAACUAAAUUUAUACCGCUUAAGUUUGUCACCACAGACAUGAAAGUGAUGCCUACAGUUGAAAUACUGCUGACAUUUACAAUAGCGGUGGGCAAAGGUUUUGGCUCACGGGCCAAAAUAAGGUUCAAAAGUUGACUGGCAGGCCGGUUCAGUAUUGGUUGGGUCUAGAAUGCUGGGUGAAAUAAUAUGAAUAAAAUAUACAAGAAUAAAUAUAAACUUUCUAGGAUAAUUUGGCACAUUUGAUGUCUGCUCCCAUCUAGUAGCAACAACAAAAAUUACAGUCAAUUCGUUUCAAUGGAUGAAACAGAAGGCUUGACCACAGUCUUUACAAUAUCUUGAGCCAGUGUUUGGUGUGCCAGAUUAGAAAGCCCAGGGAGCCAUAUCGGGCCCAUGGGCCGGAGUUUGAAGCACCGCAUUACAUUUUUUGAAAAUGACAGCGGUACACGAUCUCUUCUGUACCUUCACCUGACAUCUUGUUAUUUGUAAAAAUUUCAGAUGAAGCCUUUAAAGAAAUGCCAUUUUGCACCUGUUGUUGGAAACAGCAGGAUUAAAAAACAGACCAAGUUUCUCUGCUUCUAAGAAAAGAAUAAGAGGAUAACGAUUUCUAUGUUAUAUGGGUGAUAUAAAAAAGAGAGUUGAGAAGGAGGACAAUGCGAAGUGGUUAGCUGGGCAGAAAGUGUCGGCAGCACAGACUAUCGCCAUGGAAACAUUGGGCUUUUAUGAACAGCAGUAGUUUCUCUUUUGACCUGGGCAGUGUCCCUGAACAGAUGAAAUGAUCAAUAAUGUGAAGAGACAGUUUUGUGCAGCAUCAUGAUGAAAGGCCUGUACAAACAGCACUGACAUGUCUGACCUCUCUGACCCUUCGCUGCCCAUCAGGCAGUCAAGUCUGAAACUUACUGCUUACUUGCUCACUUCCUCUUCUCCUCUAACACUUCUCUCUCUCCCUCUGCUCUUCCUUUUCUCCUUGUUUUUUUUUCUUCACAAUCAACCUGUUACAUUCCUCCUACACCCCACUUCUAUCCUACGUCCCCCUCUCUGACAUUGCAACAUUUAUUCCCCUUGGCCUGUUGGUUUCCGCCCACUCGUCCCCCGAUGUCUAGCCUUUUACAGUGCAGCUCCUCUCACCUCGGCUGGGAUUAUUCCCAUCAUGCAGUCUCUGUGCCCAGAUGGACAGAGGGAUGAGUUUGGCUUCUUGCAGUACAAGAACUCUACUGUUACCCAGCUGCUGGAGCGGAUCAGUGAGGUGGUUGAACAAAAUCGACUCUUCACCUCUGAACGACCCGGUUUGGGUCAGGAGUUGGAGACUCUGCAGCGGCACCUGGAGAAUCUUAGCUCCACACCUGUACCUCCAGACUCUGCCUUCAACCAGAGCCAAGGCUUCACACUGGCCAGUGUGCUGAAGAAUCAGUCGGCGUUCCAUCAGUUCCUGGAGAAGAACCUUUCCUUGUCCAACUCGACCAGCAGUUUACUGCUCAGCAUUCCCCUCAGUGUGAGAGAGGUCCACAGUCUUAUCUUUGGUACGUCACUCAGAGCUGGUGAAGGCGCCAUCAGUUGGAUGCAAGGGGCAAAGGAGAAAAAACAAAAAACUGGACAGAAAGUUCUUCAUUUGAAAGAGAAGCUGUUGGGGGAUGUUCACAGUCUGGACAAAGGCCUGAUAUACAGGGCUUUACGUGAUCCCACCAAAGCAGCCCACAGAUAUGCUCUGCUCAGGCUCAUGUCGCAGGCUCUGGGCCUCAGGGAAGAGACAGGAAACCAGGAAGACACCGAGCAGCUCCUUAAGGAAGCAGAGGGAAUCCUCCUGACUGGACCUUUGCUUGAGAGCCUCACCUGUGAAGAGGGCGGGGCCAGUGACAUCACCAACAUCCUUCUGGUGCCUGAAAAGCAGCAGCCAACACUGGAGGCCUAUCGCGGCGUGUUGUGCAGUGGAGUAAAGAGUCAGAGAGCAGAGCGAUUCAGACAGUUGAGUCUGAAGCUGAGAGAACAGAUUGAUACACGCAGAGUCAUGGAGCAGCUCUAUCUUGACCCACCCAACUCUGGAUCGCCUCUCUCUCAGUCUCAUCUUGGGGCCUUGUUGAAAGACCUGGCCGACAUAGAGAGGCUGCUGAAGGACGUGGACCUUCUCUCCGGUCUGGCCCGUCUGCUGCCCAAAGGAGCCUGUGCCGGUCGAUCCCCAACCUCCCCCGCAAACCUGACUUGGCCUCUUAAUGUCACCAUUUGGGGUCCAAAUACGACUGACGUGCCCAGGGAGGAGGCUGAGAAAGGAACUGAGGGAGGGGAAAAAAUAAGAAGAGAGAAAGAGAAGCAGGAAGCAGAAAACCCUCAUUCUCAGUUUUCAGCAUUUGUACAACUGUGGGCCGGGCUGCAGCCUAUUCUGUGUGGGAACAACAGGAUCAUUGAGCCAGAGGCAUUGAAGCAGGGGAACAUGAGUUCGUUGGGCUUCACCAGCAAAGAACAAAGGAACCUGGGCUUACUAGUCCACUUGAUGACCGCAAAUCCCAAGAUCCUCUAUUCUCCUAUUGGCUCCGAGGUGGAUAAAGUGAUUCAAAAGGCAAAUGAGACGUUUGAAUUUGUGGGGAACUUGACACACUACACCAAGGUGUGGCUCAAUAUCUCAGCUCAGCUCAGGACGUUUCUGGAGGAGGGACGUCUGCACAGACACCUGGUGUGGCUACAGCAGCUGUCCUCGGAGCUGCAGCAGCAUCCUGAGCUGCUGAACGACACCGACAGUGAACUGAUGCAGAGUCUGAUCGAAGGAAACUAUAGCAUCCCCAACACCUCCACCCUGCUGGAGCAGCUGGACACUAUUGACAACGCCGCCUGUGGCUGGACACGCUUCAUGUCUAAGGUCAGUGUGGACGUCUUCAAAGGUUUUCCUGACGAGGACAGCAUUGUCAACUAUACCCUCAACCAGGCCUAUCAGGACAAUGUCUCCGUGUUUGCCAGUGUAAUUUUCCAGACCAACAGGGAUGGCUCCCUGCCGCCACAUGUUUUGUACAAAAUUAGACAGAACUCCAGUUUUACGGAGAAGACCAAUGAAAUCCGAAGAGCAUACUGGCGUCCAGGACCGAACACCGGAGGGAAAUUCUACUUCCUCUAUGGCUUUGUGUGGAUUCAAGAUAUGAUCGAACGAGCCAUUAUUAACACGUUUGUGGGACAUGAUGUGGUUGAGCCUGGAAACUAUGUUCAAAUGUUUCCUUACCCAUGUUACACCAGAGAUGAUUUCCUGUUUGUCAUCGAGCACAUGAUGCCUCUGUGCAUGGUCAUCUCCUGGGUUUACUCCGUGGCCAUGAUGAUCCAGCAUAUUGUAGCUGAAAAAGAACAUCGACUAAAAGAGGUGAUGAAAAUGAUGGGGUUGAACAACGCGGUGCACUGGGUUGCCUGGUUUAUCACCGGCUUUGUGCAGCUGUCCAUCUCCGUCACCGCUCUGACGGCCAUCCUGAAGUAUGGCCGAGUGCUCCUGCACAGUAACCCCUUCAUCAUCUGGCUCUUCCUCACCAUAUACGCUGUGGCCACCAUUAUGUUCUGCUUUUUGGUGUCAGUAAUCUACUCCAAAGCCAAGUUGGCCUCAGCCUGUGGUGGAAUCAUCUACUUCCUGAGCUAUGUGCCCUACAUGUAUAUAGCCAUCAGAGAAGAGGUGGCCCACGACAAGAUCACUGCUUUUGAGAAGUGCAUUGCUUCUCUGAUGUCCACCACCGCCUUUGGGUUGGGAUCCAAGUAUUUUGCGCUGUAUGAAGUCGCAGGUGUGGGAAUACAGUGGAGGACCAUCAACCAGUCUCCAGUAGAGGGCGAUGACUUCAACCUUGGUCUGUCAAUGAUGAUGCUCAUCAUCGAUGCCAGUGUGUAUGGUGUUCUCACCUGGUACAUAGAAGCUGUGCAUCCAGGUAUGUACGGACUGCCGCGUCCAUGGUACUUCCCACUACAGAAAUCCUACUGGUCUGGCAGUGGACGAAUUGAGACCUGGGACUGGCCCUGGUGUGGAGGAGGAGCUGCCAGGCUCAGUGUGAUGGAGGAGGACCAGGCUUGUGCUAUGGACCAUAGGAGAUCAGAGGAGAUGAGAGGCAUCGAGGAGGAGCCGAGCCACCUGCCGUUGGUCGUCUGCAUUGACAAACUUACCAAAGUUUACAAAACAGGCAGCAAACUGGCCCUCAACAAACUAAGCCUUAACCUGCAUGAGAACCAGGUGGUUUCCUUUCUGGGACACAAUGGUGCUGGCAAGACCACAACCAUGUCCAUUCUGACCGGCCUCUUCCCACCGACCUCCGGCUCAGCCACCAUUUACGGUCAUGACAUCCGCACAGAAAUGGAGCGAAUCCGCCAGAACCUGGGCAUGUGUCCGCAGCACAACGUCCUGUUUGAUAAGUUGAGUGUGGAGGAGCACCUGUGGUUCUACUCCAGACUCAAAGGCAUGGCUGAAGAAGACAUCAGGAAGGAGAUGGAGAAGAUGAUUGUAGAUCUAGAGUUGUCAAACAAGCGUCACAGCUUGGUGCAGACAUUGUCCGGUGGCAUGAAGAGAAAGUUGUCUGUGGCCAUCGCCUUUGUCGGUGGCUCCCGGGCCGUCAUCCUGGACGAGCCCACUGCAGGGGUGGACCCAUAUGCCCGCCGGGCCAUCUGGGAUCUGAUUCUCAAGUACAAACAGGGUCGCACCAUCCUGCUGUCCACCCACCACAUGGAUGAAGCAGACCUUCUGGGGGAUCGAAUUGCCAUCAUCUCCCACGGGAAGCUCCAGUGCUGCGGUUCUCCACUCUUCCUGAAGAGCACCUACGGUGAUGGAUAUAAACUGACACUUGUCAAAAAGCAGAGCGAAGGCAGAGACCAGGACAUCCAGCUUCAGCCUCCUUCUUCUCUGUCGCCAUCCUCUUCGCUGUCGCCAUGCUCAGAGGCACGAGUCACACAGUUUAUUCGACAGUACGUGGCCUCCUGCCUGCUGGUGUCCGACUCCAACACCGAGCUGUCCUACGUCCUCCCCUCAGAGGCUGUGAAGAAGGGCUGCUUUGAGAGGCUGUUUCAGGCCUUGGAGCAGAGCUUGGACAGUCUGGCCUUAACCAGUUUUGGAGUCAUGGACACCACCCUGGAGGAGGUGUUCCUCAAAGUGUCUGAGGAAGACCAGUCUCUUGAAAACAGUGAUGCAGACAUGAAAGGUUCCCCAGGGGGCAGCUCAGUGGGGAAAUCCUCGGUGGGUUCAGGAGGAGGUCCUGGGGAGUCACAGGUUGAGACCAUUACAUCAGUGGAGGUGGAGAAACCAGAGGUAGAGCUGACUAAUCUGGUCAAGUGUUCUCUGCUGACCCAGAGUCAGUCCUCCCUCAAGUCUUCCUCAUCUGUGGGCUCAGUGAGAGGGGACGAAGGGGGGCUGCACUUAGACUUCUACGGCGACUAUUGUCCACUCUUUGACAACGGCCAGGAAUCAGACUCUGCCAGCGUCAGAGAUGCAGAAAUCCCCCUGUCCACAGAGGUUGGGGAGGGACAGGGCAGCUUCAAGUUGGACGGCUGGUGGCUGAAGCUGAGUCAGUUCCACGGCCUCAUUGUGAAGAGGUUUCACUGUGCCAAGAGGAACACCAAGGUCCUCUUCUCGCAGAUCCUCCUGCCUGCUUUCUUUGUCUGUGUGGCCAUGACCGUGGCCCUGUCGGUGCCUGAAAUUGGAGAUUUGCCUCCACUCAUCCUGUCUCCCUCUCAGUAUCAUAACUACACCCAACCUAGAGGCAACUUUAUCCCCUACGCAAACGAAGAUCGACCACAAUACAGGAGCAAACUCUCACCGGAUGCCAGUCCACAGAAGAUCAUCAACACCCUGCGUCUGCCCUCAGGUGUUGGUGCUACUUGUGUCCUCAAAACCCCAUUCAACAGCACCCUGGACCAGUUGGCCCAGACCCUCAACCCGAGUGCAAACAACUCCAAGACCCUGGCCGCUCGCUACUUUGAUUCCAUGUGUCUGGACUCUUUCACGCAGGGUGUCCCGCUCUCCAACUUUGUCCCCCCUCCUCCAUCACCAGCCCCUUCAGAUGAUCCUGAUCCUCGAUUUGAAGACGGACUGUGGAAUUUCACAGUUGCUCCACCGACUACAGUCCGUGAGCCUGUGACCUCGCCUCCCACCCUUCCUCUCUCCAUCCAUGAGCCUGUUCGCUGCACAUGCUCAAUGCAGGGCACAGGCUUCUCCUGCCCCAGUGGGGUGGGAGGACGGCCCCCACUCAUGAAGGUGGUGACGGGGGACAUCCUGGUGGACAUCACUGGCCGCAACGUCUCUGAGUACCUGCUCUUCACAUCAGAUAGGCUACGUCUACACAGGUAUGGAGGUUUAACUGUGGGGAACAUCCAGAAAUCAGUCCCAGCUUCCUUUGGUAGAAAGAUUCCUCCAAUGGUUCGUAAAAUAGCUGUCCGCAGAUCAGCCCAGGUUCUGUUCAACAACAAAGGUUACCACAGUAUGCCCACGUACCUCAACGUCCUCAACAACGCCAUCUUGAGGGCCAAUCUACCAUCAACUAAGGGCAAUCCUGCUGCUUAUGGUAUCACACUGACGAACCAUCCAAUGAACAGAACGAGUGCCAGUUUGUCGUUGGACUAUCUGCUGCAGGGGACAGAUGUUGUCAUUGCCAUCUUCAUCAUCGCCGCCAUGUCCUUUGUUCCUGCCAGCUUUGUGGUUUUCCUAGUUGCAGAGAAAUCCACAAAAGCAAAACAUCUGCAGUUUGUCAGCGGCUGUGACCCUGUGAUCUACUGGCUGGCCAACUACAUAUGGGACAUGCUGAACUACCUGGUUCCUGCUACGUGCUGUGUCAUCAUUCUGUUUGUGUUUGACCUGCCGGCCUACACCUCUCCAACCAACUUCCCUGCAGUCCUCUCCCUGUUUUUACUAUAUGGGUGGUCCAUCACCCCCAUCAUGUACCCAGCAUCCUUUUGGUUCGAGGUUCCUAGCACAGCCUAUGUGUUCCUCAUCGUCAUCAAUCUCUUUAUAGGGAUUACAGCCACUGUCGCUACCUUUCUACUUCAGCUCUUUGAACAUGAUAAGGAUCUGAAGAAAGUGAACAGUUACUUGAAAACCUGUUUCCUAAUCUUCCCAAACUACAACCUGGGCCACGGCCUGAUGGAGAUGGCGUACAAUGAGUACAUCAAUGAGUACUAUGCCAAAAUAGGCCAGUUUGACAAAAUGAAGUCUCCCUUUGAGUGGGACAUCGUGACUCGAGGUCUUGUUGCCAUGACUAUUGAAGGCUUCGUCGGUUUCCUCAUCACCAUCCUCUGUCAGUACAACUUCCUCAGGAAACCAUCGAGGGUGCCAGUCAGCUGCCAGCCAAUAGAUGAUGACGAUGUGGAUGUGGCCUGUGAGAGAAGACGAGUCCUAAGAGGAGACGCUAAUAACGACAUGCUGAAGAUAGAAAACCUGACAAAGGUGUAUAAAUCCAGGAAAAUGGGUCGGAUCUUGGCAGUGGACCGACUCUGUCUGGGCGUUCGGCCUGGUGAGUGUUUUGGGCUGCUGGGAGUAAACGGAGCUGGGAAAACGACCACGUUUAAGAUGCUAACAGGAGACGAGUGCACCACGGGGGGAGAGGCCUUCAUUAAUGAACACAGUAUCUUGAAGGACCUGUUGCAUGUGCAACAGAGUAUCGGCUACUGCCCACAGUUCGAUGCCCUUUUUGACGACCUCACAGCCAGAGAACACCUGGAGCUCUACACUCGCCUCCGUGGCAUUCCCUGGAAGGACCAGGACAGGGUGGUGCAGUGGGCUUUAGAAAAGCUGGAGCUGGCAAAGUAUGCAGACAAGCCUGCUGGAACAUACAGUGGUGGGAACAAACGCAAACUUUCCACUGCCAUUGCUCUUAUUGGAUAUCCUUCACUCAUCUUCCUGGAUGAGCCCACAACUGGGAUGGACCCAAAGGCCCGCAGAUUCCUCUGGAAUUUAAUCCUGGACAUCAUCAAGACUGGGCGCUCAGUAGUGCUAACAUCACACAGCAUGGAGGAGUGUGAGGCUUUGUGCACCAGGCUGGGCAUCAUGGUGAACGGCAGGUUCAAAUGUCUAGGCAGCAUCCAGCACCUUAAGAACAGGUUUGGAGAUGGUUACAUGAUCACAGUGAGGACCAAGAGCAGCUCCAGUGUGAAGGAAGUUGUUCGGUUCUUCAACAGAAACUUCCCUGAGGCAGUUCUAAAGGAGCGUCACCACACCAAAGUCCAGUAUCAGCUGAAGUCGGAGUGGAUCUCCCUGGCUCAGGUCUUCAGUAAGAUGGAGCAGGUGGUGGAGGUGCUGGGCAUUGAGGACUACUCUGUCAGCCAGACCACUCUAGACAACGUAUUUGUAAACUUUGCUAAGAAGCAAAGCGACAACUUGGAGCAGCAGGAGGUGCUGCCCCCCGCAGGUGCACAGACACCCCUGCAGCAAAUCUUCAGUCUGCUGAAGUCUCACACAGGGAACACGGAACUCAAUGCUCUCAUCAGCGAGGCACCUGAGGAGCUGGAGAGUGACGAUGAUGAGGGACUCAUCAGCUUUGAGGAGGAAAGGGUGCAGCUCUCCUUCAACACCGACACUCUCUGUUGAAUCAAUCAUCCGACUGCAGGGAGGCGAGGAGAGGGAGAGCGAAGAGAGUUCAGCUGUGUGUUCCUGAGCUCUUGGGCUUGAUUUAACCCUGAGGAGGACCAACAACAAUCUGCACUAUGGGACGUGGGACCAGUGGCGUAUUAUUUCUGCCUCUUACUCUAAGCAGGAGCCUGUUAGUGAGAAAAGGUCAGAUCACAGAAAGUCCAGGGAGAGACACGAUAGCAGCAGCAAUGUCUGUGGUGUUUGAACAGUGAACCUUAGAAUGUUUUAUUCAUCAGUUUUACAAGUGGAUUUUACCUUAGGGGUACAACAGGUGCACUGUCUCAACUCAAACCUGAACUCUAAACAGAUGAUUAAAUGAAAAG